AUGAUGCAGGGCAAAAAAAAAAAAAACCGUAGCGUGUGUGUGUGUGCGUUAUCCCUUGCCUGCCCUGCCCGCACCGAACCGCAAUCCCGGCUGAUCAUUGUCCGGGACGGACGGACGGACGGGUCGGCGGCGCGGGACGGGGCUCAAAAACUGGAGAGAGGCCGAACCUUGUACCUGGAAGCAUGGGAGAUCCGCCCGUCGAGGGAGACCAACAAAAAACUCGAACGACGUGUCGAAAAAAAAACCACCAACCGGGGAAGCCAUCAUCAACAGGUCGCUUGCCAAGCUCUGUUUUUCUGGAGCCUGGUCUCUGCCUUGGCCUCUUUUCAGUAG